AUGUAUACGGCGAGGAAGAAGAUCCAGAAGGACAAGGGCCUUGAACCUUCCGAGUUCGAGGACUCCGUCGCGCAGGCGUUCUUCGACCUUGAGAAUGGGAACCAGGAGCUCAAGAGCGACCUCAGGGACCUCUAUAUCAACUCAGCCUUCCAGAUGGACGUAGACGGGGCCAGGAAGGCGGUGGUGAUCCACGUGCCGUACAGGCUGCGCAAGGCCUUUAGGAAAAUCCACGUCAGGCUCGUCAGGGAGCUGGAGAAGAAAUUCAGCGGCAAGGAUGUGGUGAUAGUUGCGACAAGGCGGAUUGUGAGGCCACCAAAGAAGGGUUCUGCUGUUGUUCGCCCACGCACCAGGACUCUGACUGCAGUUCAUGAUGGUAUCUUGGAGGAUGUUGUCUACCCAGCUGAGAUUGUGGGCAAACGUGUUAGAUAUCGCCUUGAUGGAUCAACGAUCAUAAAGAUCUUCUUGGACCCAAAAGAGCGCAACAACACAGAGUACAAGCUAGAAACCUUCACUGCAGUGUAUCGCAGGGUUUGCGGGAAGGAUGUGGUCUAUGAGUACCCAUUUUCUGAGACUGCCUGA